AUGUAUGAAAGUUUACUUGUUCCUUAUACACAAAAAAACUUUAUUAAAAAUAUGAAUUUCUCACUUGAUAUAUCACUUAAGCAACCUACUCACACACAUAUACAAAUACAAAUACAAAUACAUAUACAAACACAUAUACAUAUACAUAUACAAACACAUAUACAUAUACAUAUACAAACACAUAUACAUAUACAUAUACAAACACAUAUACAUAUACAUAUACAUAUACAUAGAUGCGUGUAUGUAUUUGUGAGUGUGUGUGUGCUCAUUUAUUCUACUGGGGCCACUCCACACAGAAACCGAAAAUUACGUAACAAAAUUCCAAAUCCAAAAAAAAAAAAAAAAAGAAAAAAAAGAAAAACUUCUCUGGCCCAGAAAAACCCAGACAUUUUAAAUGUUGGGUGUAUGGGUUUGUGUUCGUUGGUGAUGAUGUUUUCCCUUUUGUUUUAUUGA